AUGUGGAAGCUUCUUGCUACAGUAUAUCCGUCUCAGCUAGCUGAGACCGAGCAAUACCGCUCAGUGGAGAUCGAAAAUCCCAAACUUUCCAUGAAAGACUACCUGUCGUUAACGAAAAGCGACAGUUUGAACUGGCGGGUUGUACUAACUCUGGCAUCAUCAUAUGCUAGGAUACCUGAACUUGUGGGAAUUUCCGAGAUCAAGAAUCUAUGCGCGUUAGAUAUAGCUACGCCCGCGAAACUGCAUGCAUUGCCCGAGGAUACCGAUCUCCAGGUAACAGCUCUGACAGACCGAAUCGUUCGCGCCUGGAGCGAACUGGCUCAGACAGCGAAGGCAUUCUCACAUCUCCGAGUUGUAAUUCUACGGCACCAGACGGAUCUGUCCAAGGUGGCUCUCCAUUACUUGAGGUUCUUUCCGAACCUGCAAUCAGUCGUCGCAUUCGGAUGCCCUGGCAUUGAGUCUGCAUUAUCUGGUGGCAACGUAGAUGGGUGGACGUUAGCAGAGGUGAAGCGAUCCGCCCCAGCUACUCUUUACGCACACUACAAGGCCAGUUGCAAUGCAAACAGCAAUGACUCAACGGUCGCGGAAAGCCCAGUCCUGGACUUUCAAAUCGGCGAGAUGAAGAAGUCUCGCGGACCACCCAGCACACCGUAUUCGGCCAUAUAUCUCCAGCGGAUAGGUAGCGUUCCUGGAGCGAAACCCGAACCGAACACCAAGAAGCGAAAGGAAGCCGGGCCUCUUGGAGAUCAGCCUGGACAGCCUCGAAAGAGCAAGGCCGUUAUGAAAGACCGCACCAAAGAUAUAGGGGAUGUGCUCAGCAGUUUUUUCUAG